CUUGUUACAUGUUGUUUCAUCCGUCAAAGACCAGCUACUAUAUUCAACAAAAGAACAUCAAUUAAAUUCUUAAAAAAAAAAAAUCCAGAAAUGACUAAAGUAAACUAAGAUGGCAACAAGUUUCGCUGCACUGAACUUGUACACAGUUUUCUCCUUAUUUUAUCAUCACACAAAAUAUAGGACAAAAAACUUAAGACUGAAUUCCCUUUGAUAAUCAGAAUAAGCAAUUCAAUCUCACCAUUGUAAUGGUGUCUGUGCAUAUGAUCAAAUGUCUUCCAAGAAGACAACAUAUAUCUGGAUGGUUCCAAUCCUGCUAGUUUCCAUUCCUAAGAACUAUUUGCAGGGUAUAUCGUAUAUGCAGUCAACACACAAACUCUAAUCAUCCUAGUUCCUAACUAAUUAUAUUAUUGUCACAGAAGAAUUGGACAGAAUGGCAGUUAUGGAAUUGUUGACAUGGUCAACCAGGAACCGGCCUAAGAGAAUUUCUAGAGCAAUCCGCCUCCAAGGCAUAGUUUUGCUGGCAAACAACCACCUUAGCAGGCAUUUGUUUGUACUUUGUGAAGCUUCUUUUAUAUAAAUGUCUUAGGUAUUCAAAGAAAACAUGGUGAAAGAGACACAGAGAUAGACAGGAGCUUCUCAGUUUAUUCCUCAUGGCAAAGAGAUGGGUUUCUUCAUUUCUUUUCCUAAGCAUUUUCCUAGCCAUGGUUGUCUCUCACUCAGCAGAUGGACCGCUUCCUGCUCUUUUCAUACUAGGGGACUCAACAGCUGAUGUUGGAACCAACACUCUCUUGCCUCAGAGCGUAGUGAGGGCUGACUUACCUUUCAAUGGCAUUGAUUUUCCACACUCAAGACCAACUGGGAGGUUCAGCAAUGGCUUCAAUACUGCUGAUUUUCUUGCCAAGCAUAUAGGUUACCGAAGAAGUCCACCACCCUUUCUUUCUAUUCUAAGCCACUCAUCUUCUCUCAGUAAGAAGUUCCUCAGAGGGGUAAACUUUGCAUCAGGAGGAUCAGGAAUCCUCGACACAACAGGACAAACACUGGGAAUCAUCACUUUGGGAGCGCAAAUCCAGCAGUUUGCCACAGUCCACAGUAAUCUUACAGCUGCAAUAGGUCCAGAAGAAACAGAGAAGUUUCUCUCCAAAUCUUUGUUUGUCAUCAGCACUGGAAGCAAUGAUAUUAUUAACUAUUUCCAAUCUAAUAAUCGUACUUUACCCAAGGAAGAGUUCAUACAAAAUCUAGGAUAUGCGUAUGAGAACCACUUAAGGACUUUGUUCGAUCUUGGGGCAAGGAAGUUUGGAAUUUUAAGUGUCCCACCAAUUGGGUGCUGUCCAUCUCUAAGAACUUUGGAUCCCUCUUAUGGUUGUCUGGAAGAAAUGAAUGAAUAUGCUACAUUUUUCUAUACAACGAUCCAAGCCCUAAUGCAAAGGCUCAGCUCAGAAUAUCAAGGAAUGAAGUACUCGCUUGGAAAUGCAUAUGACAUGGCAAUGUAUGUUGUCAACAACCCCGUUGCAUUCAAUUUUACAGAUGUGAAAAGCGCUUGUUGUGGAGGUGGGAAGUUAAAUGCACAGUCUCCUUGUGUACCAACAGCUGCUCUUUGCUCAGACCGCGAUAAGUACCUAUUCUGGGAUCUGUUCCACCCUACGAAGCAUGCUUGUAAGCUGGCAGCUUUUACCCUCUACACUGGGGAGCCAGUAUUUGUGUCGCCAAUCAACUUCUCUCAGUUGGCCAUGGAUAAUUAGCCAACAAACAGUCUUCCUCCUUUCUGAAAUUGUCUCCAUUCGAAGUGUAUUCCAAUAAUGAAACAAACAUAUGGUUAUGUGUCAGCAUAUUUUCAGUUAUGGAACUUGUAUUGCAAUGACAAAGUUGCACGUCUAGCAGCUUAAAUAAUGUUUAUGUCAGUGGCUUAUUAGCAAACACAUCCACAUUGUUAUUUGAUGGAGCCAAUGUUGAAGAUUCUUAGAUUAAAA